AUGAGGUUCAAGACGGAACUGAAGAACAUUCGCACCUUCAACAAGCUGAUCGCCGCCCUCAACACACUCGAAAAGAUCGCCUGGGUCCGCCUCGACGAUGACACGGCACGUUUCACGGUGAUGCCUGAGACGGGAUCCCAAGUCUGGGCAUCCCUCUCGAUGGACUUUGUCUUCUCCGAGUACCACAUCCAGUCUGCCGAGCCAUCCAACACAAUCAACCUCGAACUGCCUCUUGGGCCGCUCCAGCGCGCCCUCAAGUCCGCCAUCAACAGCGACCAUGCGACUCUGCGCCUCACAAAGAAGGACAGCAUCCCGGUGCUGUCCAUGACCAUCCACACCACCCCCGACCAGCGCUCAAACAUGGCCCCGCCCCCAGCUCCCUUUCACAGCCGCCGCGCCGGCCCAGACAGCGGUUACAGGGGUGCUGCUGCUGCAGCUGCUGCUGGCGGCGGUGACGACGACGAGUACGACGACGACGACCCCUUCGGCGACGCCGACCUGGAGGCCCUCGAGCUGACGAUGAAGCGCGAGCGCGAGAAGGUCAUCACGCACGACAUCCCCGUCAGGGUCCUGCACCCGGACACGGUCGAGACCAUCAUGCAGCCCAAGGUCCGCGAGCCCGACGUGCACAUCCAGCUGCCGCCGCUGCUGCAGCUCAAGGCCGUCUCGGACCGCUUCACCAAGCUGGCGCUGACCAGCACCUCCAGCACCGCCACGGGGCGCGGCGGCGGGGGCGGGCUCGCGGGCGGCGCCAACGGGCCCAAGCUGGAGCUGUCGGCCAACAUGCACGGCAGCCUGCGCCUGCGCAUCGCCACCGACGCCCUGGACAUCGAGAGCGUCUGGCGCAACCUCGACAACCCGGAGCUGGACCCGGCGCAGCUCGCCGUCCCGCUCGCCGAGCACCCCAGCACGCGGUUCCGCGAGGCCGGGCCCGACCGGUGGGCCACGGUGCGCGUCGACGGCAAGGACUGGAGCAGGGUGCUGAGCGUGGGCCGCCUCGAGGGCCGCGUCAUCGCGUGCUUUGCCGACGACCACGCGCUGAUCCUGUACGCGUACGUGCCGCAGUUUGACGAUGCGAAUGCCGAGGAUGCCGUGGUCACGUACUAUGUUUCUUCUUACAGCGCUUGA